GCCACGACAAGGGGUGACAGGGGGCAACCCGCAACAGCAACAACGACCACCACCACACACACCACACGCACGCCCGUCGCCCACACGCCCACUCGCACACUCCACGCCCACUCACGCCUGACCGACAUCAACAUUGCACCGACCUUUCCCUUUCCUGUCCACUCCCGUCCUGUCCCAGCCAUGCCCAGCUAUGCAUCUCUCUUCCGCCGACAUCUCGACACCGACGACGACAACGACGACUACGACUUCGACAAACAACGACCACGGCCACCGAUAACCGACCACCACCGAUCGACGACACAGGUAAGUCUUCGACGCCCAGUAUCAACAUCGACAACCACCCACGCGACAUUCCGGGCCUUUCCAUUCUUCCAUUUCGACAUCCUCCUUUUCCGAGUCGGGCUCUUCGUCUUUCCCACGCUUUGA